AUUGCAUAAGAAUUACAUUUGAAUUCAAGUAUUGAUCACAUGUUAUGCCUGUCUUUGAUUAGAUAUACCAUUGAUUAUCUGCUAAUCGGAUCCGAUUGUUGAAGUGAUCGCCGCAAACACACCACUCAUUGUCUGAUUGUCUGUCCACUCAUUACUGGCCGCCAAAUGAUGGGUGACUUCGGAGUAGAAGCGAAAGGAGUGAAGCAAAUAAAGUUCACGAAUUGGUCCCAAACCUUCUCCUGUGAACCAAAUCUGUAUUUCGUGCCCAAAGAUGUCGAAGAACUCAGAGAAAUCAUAUUUUUGGCCAAAAGUACGAAUAAGAAGAUACGAGUGGUUGGUUGCGGUCACUCCCCGUCAGACAUCUGCUGUACCGAUGAUUAUAUGAUUAGUUUGAGAUUUUUUAAUAACGUUUUGAGCAUUAAUUGCGAGACAAAUACCAUUCGGGUUGAGGCGGGCAUCACUUUGACCGAAAUCAACGCUUAUCUCGAUAGCCAUAAACUGGCGAUUCCGGUAUUGGGUUCGGUGUCCGACAUAACGAUCGCAGGUGUGAUAAGUACGGGAACCCACGGAUCGGGCGCUAAGUUCGGUGUUUUGGCCGAUUAUGUACUCGACAUGGAGUUAAUCACCACUUCUGGCGAUACUAUAAAGUGUUCGCGCGAUGAAAACAGUGAUGUGUUUCUGUCGGCGCUGUCCGGUUUGGGUGCCAUCGGUAUUAUCAUAAGACUUACCUUUCAAUGCGAGCCCGCGUUCCUUCUCUAUGAAUACAGCUAUCCGUCCACUUUGGGUGAAGUGCUGGAAGAGUUGGACGAAGAGUUGAAGAGUUGUGAUCACUACCGGUUCCUAUGGUUUCCACACACAGACUGUGUUUCCGUUCAAAACAAUAAUAGGAUUUACAAUAAAGAAGUGACAAAAUACACGGCAUCCCAGAGAGCGUGUAAUUGGUUCUGGGAUUACGCCAUUGGUUACUAUACUCUUGAAUUUGCCUAUUGGUUGAGCACUUACUACCAGCCAUUAGUCCCGUAUAUCAACCGAAUCUGGUUUUGGUUGCAAUACUCGCGACCGAAAGAGCGCAUUGAUAUCAGUCAUAAAGUCUUCAAUUUUGAAUGUCUUUUCAAACAACACGUCAACGAGUGGUCUAUUCCAAGAGAGAAAACAGCGAAAGUGUUGUUGGAGUUGAAGAGUUGGAUAGAAAGGACGCCCAAUAUUUACGUCCACUUUCCGGUCGAAGUCCGGUUCGUCAAAGAGGACGACAUAUACCUGAGUCCGGCGUACGGACGCGACUCCACAUUCAUUAACAUAAUUAUGUAUAGACCUUAUGGUAAGGAUGUCUCGCAUUCUGCUUAUUGGGAUCAAUACGAGAAGAUUAUGAAAGAGUCCGGCGGAAGACCCCAUUGGGCUAAAGCCCACAGAGAGAAUGCGUCCGAUUUUGUGAAAAUGUAUCCCUAUUUCAGAGCGUGGACUCAAGUAAGGAAACGCUUGGAUCCGAUCAACCUUUUGAUCAAUUCAUAUCUCAACAGAAUUUUAAACGAGUCUUAAAUUUAGUUAAAUUAUGUUUUAGUCAUUAGAAGUCGACAUUUGAUACUUAUUUGUAAAACAAUUGUUACUAAAGCAACAUAUUGUGUACAAAACACUA